AUGUCAUUACCAAAUGAGCCGGCCUCGAGCCAAGACCAUAUUCUUAGCUUCGUCAACCGAUAUAACGAACUGAUGGGCGUCCGUGACAGUACGGAUAAGCUCAUUGAGGAUACCUUAUUAUACUGCCAAGGCCUCGAGCGUGCCCUACAACAAGAAACCGGGCGACUGGAAAACGAGCUGCAUAAGUCCCAGCUUCGCCUAGCUGAAGUCCUCGCCUCCCGCCGUGAUCUCGAAAAGCAGCUGUCAAGUUACGAAUCCCAAAUCAACUCUCUAUAUAAGGAAAAUGACACAUACAAGUUUCAAGAUUCUUUGAUACGACAGGGUGCAGAGGGUGGCAAAAAAGCAGCCCAAGCCCUUCGCAGCUCCGUUGCCCGGCAAUGGACAGAUAAGGGCCAAGAAACGCGGAUUGUCGCCAAGGUGGUCGCCAACUCGGCCGGCCUUGCCCGCACCCUCAACAGCCACGAGUUUCGCGACUUUGCCGUCGGAUUCAGCCAGGCCCAUACUGCCUUUGACUUUGUCGACGUCGGCGGUGGCAGGGAGCGGCGCGCCGAGCCCAAGAUCCGCGACAACACCCUCUGGCACCUCCAGAACGGUAACUGCCGGCAGAUCUUCCUUGGCGUGGGCCACGACGCCGGCUAUGCCACCUUCCUCGAUGAUCUCUUCCACGCUGACCCUGCGGCUCGUGACCGCAUCAGCAUCAUCGAGGGUGCCGCCGGCAACACCGCGGACCUCAAGGCCACCGGCGCUGGCACGAUACGUCUCGACAAGGAGCUUUUCCGCUCCGAGAGGCUCGUCGAGCGCACCUCUGCCUACGCUGUUGCCGCCACCGGUCGCACCGCGAGCCCCUCCGAUAGCGUCGCCUCGAGCGGCGGCGCCGCUGGCGCGACCAGCUCGACGACAUUCUCGUACGCCAGCGCCAUCACAAACGGCACGCCGCCGCCAACGAUGAGCAUCCCGCUCGCGCCCAGCAGCAAGCCCAGCCCGCGCCCCGCCCGCACCAACCCCGGCGCCGUCGGCUCCUCGUCCUCGACGCCCUCCCGCGCCGGCUCCCCGCAGUUUCAAAAGAUCCCGCCGCAGCAGCCGGACUGGAACCCGGGCCCGCGCGGCCUCGACGAGCCCAUCGUCGUCAACGUCGCCGUUAUGGAGGCCGUCAAGCGCCGCAAGGAUACGGACAAGCUCUGCAACAAUCACUUCCUCCGUGGCCCCUGCGCCAAGGGCGACGGCUGCAACUUUGUCCACGACUACAAGCCCAACUCGGAGGAGAUCCACGCCAUCGCCGUCCUCGCCCGCCAGAACCCGUGCACGCAUGGCCAGGACUGCGAGAACUGGGAGUUGCCCGAGUAUUAG